AUGUCAUUUUCUUCAUCCACAAAUUCCAUUGUGUCCUCCUCGCCUCUCCGUUCAACAUUCAAACUCCCUGAACGUGCAUAUGGCCAACUUAGUGAUCUACCCCCAAUUAAAUGGGAUCUUGCAGACAAUUGCGACUCAGGAUCCAAGACUUGCCUCGAAUUAGUGCAAGAAAACCAAGAAAUGCGGCAUGAGUUUCGGAAGGCCCAAGUGUUGGUGGAGAGAGCCGUUGAUGCAGUGGAUGCAGCAAAUGCCCAGUUGGCAUUAGGGGGAAUGUAUGUGUCUAAAGCUCAGACACAGCUCUUAGCAUGGGAAGAAGCAGAGAAGUCGAAGGAGGAUGGUGGACGCAUUAAAGGGGCAUUUGGCCAAGUUGUGACACAUGAUGGAUUCUUGAGGGACCAAGCAGAGCGCGCUGAAGGAGCGGAGCUGGAUCACCUUAUGUAA